AUAUACUCGGGGAAGUGCCUUGUGAAGGUAGGCAACACCUGAUACUUCCCUUGUCGCGGUAAGAAUGCAAACGCUACUUUCGCCGGCUGCUCGCGCUGGCAUUUUCACGGCGAUGACGCCGGUCUCGUUGGCAGCUCAUGCCAACUCGCCACCUCAGCUCCCGCGACUUGUUCGCAGGCCGAAUCCGUCGCCCUUGCAUUCUGUCCCCUCUUUCAAACCCUUCCAGUCGCUGGCUUCUUCGUCUUCCUCGUCUUUUCUUUUCGGUUCUGUCUAUCGACUAGUGAAGCACCCAUUCCACGUAAAUGCUUCUUCCGAGGUUUCUACUGCUUUCACUCCCUCCAAUGAUGAAUCAGAGAAAGCAAAACUUGCUCAGGUUUCUAAGAGACUGGAGAAAACGGCGAGGUAUUUUAAGCGUUUGGGUAGUUUAGGAUUUUGGGGUCAGCUAGUCUGCACCGUUGUGGCUGCUGUAAUAUUAUCGUUUUCUGUUGUUGUUACCGGAAAGAUCACAUCUCCAGUUACGUUUUAUGCUACUGCUGGUGGAAUAGCGGCUGCUUUUGUUUCUGUGUUCUGGUCUUUUGGAUAUCUUCGGCUAUCUGAAAAGCUUCAAAGAACUGCCAAUGAGCCUACCAAGGCUCCCGCUCGGGCUGAUGUAGUAAAGAGCUUGAAGAAUGGCAUAGUACUGAACAUUUUGGGAAUGGGUGCUGCUAUUCUUGGCAUGCAAGCCACUGUUGGAUUGUUGGUCGCCAAGGCUCUGACUUCCUCGGCAAACCCAUAUUAUCAGGGAAUCUCUCCUGGAUACAACCCUGUUCUUGCGUUGGAUGUAUUUUUGGUGCAGGCUUCAGCAAACACAAUUCUUUCUCAUUUCCUUGGGCUUGUUUUCUCACUGGAGUUGUUGCGAUCAGUUACAUUGCCUCCUUCAGAAGGCGUUCCAAUCCCCAAGCUUGCAUAAGGCAUGGAAGAAGACGAAUACGAUGUAAUUACAGUUAAAUAUGUAUACUCCUCGUUUGUAGUGGUUAUUAUCGUGAUGAAUUUUGUUACCAUUUUAGAUCUCACGCAUUAUGUCUUCGUGUUCCAACAUGAUGGUAGCUUUUCAUGUAGAAGCAAUGCCAGAACAUUACUCAGAAAGUAUAUGUAUCAUUCAAUAAUUGAUUUCAUUUCUGGAUCA